AUGCAUCCCAUAGGCACCAUAGCCGUCGAAGAAGCGGUGAUCAGCCCCGAUACAGCAUGGCUUCUAGAUGAAUGCCAGCGAAUCCUGACGCCAGGUAAUGCAGGUAGACCAGCGAUUGAAGCCCACAAGACCCGUUUGAUGGAUAUUCACGGCUCGCGUCUGGAGGCGAUGGAUGCAGAGGGUGUCGAAUUUAUGCUCUUGUCCCUCACAAGCCCAGGCUGUCAAGGAAUCCACGACCAACAACUGGCGGAGAAAUCCGCGACCGACUUUAACAACUGGCUGGCAGGAGAGAUUGCCAAGAAUCCUAGUCGUUUCGGUGGAUUGGCAGCAUUGUCCAUGCAUGAUCCCAACCAGGCUGCCGUCGAACUAGAACGAGCUGUCAAGGAUCUGAAGUUUUCCGGAGGCAUCGUGAAUGACUACCAGGGCACUGGAAACGACGGCCUGACAAAGCUGUACUACGAUACCCCCUUUUAUGACCCAUUUUGGAAGAAGGUUGAAGAGCUUGACGUGCCGAUUUACUUUCACCCGAGAUAUCCAACUGAAAAGGAAGUCGACACGGACGAUUAUGCUUACGGUUCUCGCAUGCACCUGCUAGGUGCUGGUGUUCAAUUCCACUUGGAUCUAUCUUUCCAUAUCUAUGCUAUGUGCUCUUCAGGCAUUUUUGAUCGAUUUCCCGAUGUGAAAAUCGUGGUCGGACAUCUUGGGGAGAACAUUCCUUUUAACCUUUGGAGAGCCUCACACUGGUACAACAAGCCCAGCAAGAAAAUUGCUCGCCCAUCAAAACACGACUACAAAUAUUAUUUCGCCCACAACGUUUUCAUCACUACCUCGGGAAACUUUUCAACCCCUGGUCUGAAAUUCUGUGUUGAGGAGUUGGGCGUGGGAAGAUGUUUAUUCUCCAUCGACACGCCCUAUGACCAGAUCGAAGAGGCCCAGGCAUGGUGGAGAACGGUGGAUCUUGACGGCAGUCAAAAAGAGCAGAUUGGUCGCGAGAAUGCCAUCAGAUUAUUCAAGCUUCCUUUGAAGAUCUAG